AUGGCGAUCUGCCACCAAUCUCCGUUCAAACUCUUCACUACAAUCCCAUCAUCAUCUUCAUCGUCGAAGCCCAAACCCCUUCUCAGAUGUAACCUCUCCCUCCCCUCCAGACCCUCCCUCACCUCCACCGAACCCGAACCCGUCUACACCUCCGUCAAGGCCUUCGCGCCGGCCACGGUGGCCAAUCUCGGCCCGGGCUUUGACUUCUUGGGCUGCGCCGUCGACGGCCUCGGUGACUUUGUCUCCCUUUCCCUCGACCCGCAGGUCUCGCCGGGCGAGAUCUCCAUAUCUGAGAUCUCGGGCGACCACAACUCGAAGAAGCUCAGCAAAAACCCACUCUGGAACUGCGCGGGAAUCGCAGCCAUUGAAGUGAUGAAGAUGCUCGGAGUCCGCUCGGUCGGCCUCUCUCUCACUCUGGAAAAGGGACUGCCUUUGGGCUCCGGGCUCGGUUCCAGUGCGGCGAGCGCAGCUGCCGCCGCCGUUGCAGUCAACGAGAUUUUCGGUGGAAAAUUGGGGAUCGAUGAGCUUGUGAUCGCGGGGCUGAAAUCGGAGGAGAAGGUCUCUGGUUACCACGCCGAUAAUAUCGCUCCGGCGAUUAUGGGAGGGUUUGUGUUGAUUCGAAGCUACGACCCGUUGGAUUUGAUUCCGCUGAUCUUUCCGGACGGUAAAGAGCUGUUCUUUGUGUUGGCGACGCCAGAGUUUGAAGCUCCAACGAAGAAGAUGAGGGCGGCGCUUCCGGCGGAGGUGGGGAUGGCGCACCACGUCUGGAAUUCGAGCCAGGCCGGGGCGCUGGUGGCGGCAGUGCUUCAAGGGGACUUGCCGGGGCUGGGAAGGGCCUUGUCAAGUGAUAAGAUCGUCGAGCCACGGCGGGCUCCGCUGAUUCCCGGUAUGGACGCCGUGAAGAAGGCGGCGAUUGAGGCUGGGGCUUUCGGGUGUACGAUAAGCGGGGCGGGGCCCACCGCGGUGGCGGUAACAGAUGAUCUGGAGAGAGGGAAAGCGAUUGGGGAGAGAAUGGUGGCGGCGUUUUUGAAGGAGGGGAAGUUGAAGGCGGCGGCGAGUGUGAGUAGGCUCGACCGGGUUGGUGCCAGGCUUGUUAGUACCAUUCCCAGAUGA